AUGAGCGACCGGAAUCCACCGUUCGAGGCAGUUGCGCUGUUUGCUUAUAGUUCUGAACACGAUGACGAUUUGAAUUUCGAGAAAGGAGCGACUAUCACAGUACAAUCGGUAGAAGACGAGGAAUGGUAUUUUGGUACUUUACAAGACGACCAGGGCGUUUGGAAAGAGGGCAUCUUUCCCAGAAGCUUUGUCAGCGUAUCUGGACAGGGUGGGGAGACUGGCGAAGGUGCCAGCUCGAAAGUAGCCUCGACAGGUAUCGAGAAACCAGCGCAUAUCGAGAUUCCGUCGGACGAGCAGAAUGAGAAGCCGGAAACUAAAGGUGGAAGCAGCACGCGCACGGAAAUUGAUCCAAGCAAGUCGGAGCCAACUUUCAGAUCUGAGGUAGCGCCCGAGCCUGUUGAUAGAAAUUCAUUGGAAGAGGUAGCCGAAAUCAACAACGCGAGAUCGGUAGAUGAUGUGAAACCAACCGCAUUCCCUAAAAAGUUGUCGCAGGCGACUCCUGAGACUCCACAAAGUCCGAUGGCGUUUGCCGAAUCAAAGGUGUCCUCCGCCCCGACACAAUCGUUCGUCCCAAAUCCAAUCGGACAUAAUCGUCACCACGACAACGACAACGACAAAGGCGGCUACAGCAACGAAGUCAAGGAACAACCCAAGAUGAGUCUUAAGGAACGAAUUACCAUGCUUCAAGAACAACAACGCUUGAACCAAGAGCGGGAGCGCGAAAUGGUGCAGAAGAAACUUGACAAAGUGAAGAAACAGGAACGUCACGAAGCCGCUGUAGUUCAAGAAAGUCCAGAACUACCAUACUCAGACGCUAUCGACCAAAAUGACGGCAGUUUGAUCCAGGAAGGCGUCUCUAGAAAAGCCACGAUUCCAGAAAUACCGCACAUUGAAAAGCCUGGUGAUCAUCAGGUCGCUGUAGAUACUGAAAAGGAGGCCGUGGCUAAAGAUUCUGCUGUAGCUGCACCUGUUGAACGUUCAAAAGAAACUGAAGACGCGAGUGAUGAGGAAAGUGACGAGGAUGACGAAGAAACCCGCCGAGCAGCUCUCAGAGAUCGUAUGGCCAAAUUGGCAGGCGCCGGAAGAAUGGGGAUGCCUGGAUCUUUCAACCCGUUCGGAAUCCCAGCAGCCCCAAGUAAGACAACUCCUGCUAAACAUAAGAAAGUCGAUACAAAGGUUAUUCCUGAGGAGAAGCAUGAUGAAAUGCCCCGAGCAAUUCCGAUUUUCCCCUUUGCUGAUCCUAAGGCGCUACAGAAGGACCAAAAACAUUUGCCAGAUACGGUUACAAAUACGCAGCAUAAAGAAGAGCAACAGCGCCAAGAUGAUAUUCAUAAACAAGAAAAUUCUGCGGAGAAACCCAAAACCUCUAAGGUUGCUCACGAAUAUGCGAAGCUAGCCAACUCGUCGACUCCACUAGAUACCCCAGGAAUGCUGGCAGAUGCUGAGGAAGAGGCGGGACAGGUUGAGGACAACUAUUUUGGGAAGGAUGUUGAUCGACAAAAUCACUCGUCUGUACAGAGCGACACAUCUUCGCUUAAAGCAGAGAAUUUUGUGAGUCAAGAUACACCAAUGGAAAUUGAAAUGCCAGUGUCGAGAAGUGGGCAAGUAACCGACUCUACUGGGUAUGAAUCUUCAGCAGAAGAAACCACCGAAGUUGGAAACAAGUCUUUUAAAGAUACCGGGGCUGUUCAGAACGCAGCAUCUGAGGUGGCUGGAAUAGGCGUGGUUCUUUCUACUGAGAAUGACGACGCGGAGUCCAAGCCCGACACGUUUCAGGGUCGUGGAAGCGAUGACGGUAACGAUCCGCUGCUUGCGUCUUCACAAUCGCCGGAGGUCUCAAAAGAUUAUGAACUACCAACUAAGCUUCAAACUAAGCCACGUUCUCACAAAUCUACUUUCGAAGAACAUGCCAAAAAUGAUGAGUUUUUGGCUAGUGAUGCUUCAAGUGAAACGGACGAUGCGCCAUCGGUACCACGUCUUUCUAAGCACGUACCAGUACCUCCUAGUGAGCCAGUCUUCAGAUCCUCUCUAGACCCGGCUUCGAAAGAAGCUCCACCUAUACCUUCUAUUUCACCGGUCCCUCCUAGGGCGGCAGCUCCUCCGGUACCCUCAACAGCGCCCGAACACACCACAGACAGCGUUCCCGAUGUUAUUGACACACCUAAAGUCGCUACGGAUUCAACUAGAUCGGGAAGCGCUAGCUCAAAGGAUGGGUCAUCGCCUAAAUAUAUGCACAAGCCACCGGCAUUUAUACCACCUUUGCCAAACCUGCCAGCGCAAUCUUCUACCCCAAAGGUUGCACCACCUCCGCCACCACACAUUAUGACAGAUAAGUCGGACCUCGCCAAAGCUGGGCCAAAGUCACCACCCCCACCUCCUCCUCCCGCUUCGAACUUAACGGACUUUGGGAAAGAGAAGAGGUUGGGCAAGACUUUACCCGACAAGGUGCAAACUGAGACAGCAAGUAUACCACCAGUCCCCGUGAGCACUGGCCGGUCAGAUGAUUUACCAUCUUCCCCAGCAAUCAGCUUAAUGCAAAGAUCAAAGUCUCAGAAAAAUCACAAUGCAAAGGCAUCUUCGCGAAGUGAGCAAACAUCCUCAACGUCUCAUGUUAGUCCCAUCGAUAAGCAAAUCAGAAGAACACAGACUUUUGAGGCUAAUUAUGAUAAUCAAAAACCCUACAUUAAUUUCGACAGCUCAGAGGAAUGGUGGAUGACAAAGUCAUUACCAGCAAGUCUCAUUACUAGCAAUCGUCUUAAGUAUAUAUGGGAAGUGGAUGAACAUCUCAUACCAAAGAGGGGCAACGAGGAGUGGGUGAUGAGAGACUUCUACAUUUUAUUCGAGGACUAUUCUCAAUUGCAUGCUACGGUGACAUUCAAGGCAAAGAACCCAAUUUUGACGGUCAAGUUUUGGCAAGAGUUUGAAGUAAGCCCCGCACCAGUCCAUAAACUAGACGAAUAUGCGUCGCGGAUAGGUUAUGAGAUCUUUGAAAAGGCAAACAAAUCCAUCAACAAGCCUUCACAGAAUUUUGUUGUCAACUUGAUUGCAAGCUUAGAGAAAUCUGUUGUUCCACCAAUUGCGUCGCGGACUUACGGUGUACCAUUGCUAACAUUUUCACCAGACUCCGCACUUGAUGAAACCGCCCUAAAAGCAGUUAGACCGGGAGAUAUCCUGGUGGUGAGAAGAGGGAAGUUUCAAUCACAUGGAAAAUUGCUACAAAAGACUACUCAUGAAGUGGGCAUGGACGCUGUGCCGUUUGCGGGUGUGAUUACAGAAUACGACUUUUCGAAAAACAAGUUCAGAGUGAUCGAAGAGCACGACGGCAAGACAAGACAAUCUAGUUAUCGUAUACACGACAUGAAAAGCGGCAAGCUCAAGGUCUUUAGGGUGGUGGCCAGAAACUAUGUCGGAUGGUGA